AUGGCUGCGCCCGUGGCAGACGCCGGCGAGUUCGAAAGCUGGCUAAAUGAUCGUUUAGACUCGUUAGAAGUGGACCGUGAGGUCUAUGGGACGUAUAUCUUAGGGGUCCUACAAGAAGAGGAGAGUGACGAGGAGAAAGAAGAUGCGCUUCAAGGAAUUUUAUCCGCAUUUCUGGAAGAGGACUCUGUGGAAGAUGUCUGCAAACAGAUCAUCAAACAGUGGACAGAGUUUCGCAACCAAUCAGCAGCCAGAAGAGAUGCUGAUGAUGCUGAGGUCCAGGCCAUCGCCAGUAUGAUAGAAAAACAAGCUCAGAUUGUGGUGAAACACAAGGAGGUGUCAGAGGAGUCGAAGAAAAGGAAAGAAGCCCUCCUUGCUCAAUAUGCUAACGUAACAGACGAAGAGGAUGAAGCUGAAGAAGAGGAGCCAACAAGUGGAAAUAGCUUUACUGGAAAUGAAAAAUCCCUGUUUAAAAACACCAACGUGGAAGAGGUGCUGAAUAGACAAAAGCAGAAGCGAGACCAGGCUCGUGAAGACGCUCACAAGAAGAAGGAAAUGGACAAGAUGCAGCGGGAGAAGGACAAACUAGCCAAACAAGACAGAAAAGAGAAGGAGAAGAAGCGUACACAAAAAGGUGAACGCAAAAGAUAAAACCAAGAGACACGACACUUUGUAUGUGAAAACAUUUUGCUACAAGACAAAAAUGAAAAACAACAGCCUUUGCCUCUUUUUAGCUAAGCCCCAUUAUCACCUUCAGUAUGUUAACGUGUCUUCAUCAGACUCUCCUUGUUAAUUACUUUCUACAUUUCUUCAUUUGUAAAGGACAAUGUACUGGAUGUUGUCCAGGUCCAGAAUCCAGUUUUUUUUUUUUUUUCUUAGUGAUCCUGAUAUGAGCAGAUAUAGAAAGAUGUUGUCUAGGAAUAAAGCUGCAAAUCUUUAGAUGAUGACUGUGGUCGAGUCAGUUUCAUGUCAAUCAAAAAGUAUUGACAAUAACAUGUUUCAGCGAGUGUGAAACAUACUUUUAUUAAGUUUUGGCACAUUUGCCCCUGAAACUAUCAUAGCAUACACCUGAGACACAGUUGGAUUGAUCGUGGUGAAAAUGGAGGAAUGCUUAUAAAGCAACUCAGUUUAGUAUCUGCUAUUUCCCUCUGUGCCAAUAUCUCUAAUAUCUAACAGUACUUUAGGUUUUAGUUUUCCUGUCUAUGCAUUUUGUCAGUGAAUAAAAACAAAGGAGCAGUUGCUAUAAUUAUACCUCAAAUAUAUCAUGUACCAUAAUUUGAAUGUUUAUAAUGAGGUUCAUCUUUUUAAAUUAAUAAAAAAAAAGUUU